UUCCUCGGGCCAUUUUGCUGAGGAGCGACCCAGAGGAGGAGCCGCGGAGGAGACCCAAGGCGAGGAGCGGCGAGCCGGAGGAGGCGGCGGCCGUGCGGGCCCGGGCUUUCCUCGGCCGCGGGGAUCUCGAGGGGCGAAGGGAUCGCCACGGAGGGGGACCGGAGAGCCGUGCCUGUCGCGCGGCGCGCCCCUUCCCGCCCCCUGCACCAUGAGCUGGGGCACCGAGCUCUGGGAUCAAUUUGACAACUUAGAAAAACACACCCAGUGGGGAAUUGAUAUUCUUGAGAAAUACAUCAAAUUUGUAAAGGAAAGAACGGAGAUUGAACUCAGCUAUGCAAAGCAACUCAGGAAUCUUUCGAAGAAAUACCAACCUAAAAAGAACUCGAAGGAGGAAGAAGAAUACAGGUACACGGCAUGCAAAGCCUUCCUUUCCACCCUGAACGAAACGAACGAUUACGCUGGGCAGCAUGAGGUGAUCUCAGAGAACAUGACGUCACAGAUCACCGUGGAGCUAGCGCGCUACGUGCAGGAGCUGAAACAGGAGAGGAAAUCGCACUUUCACGAAGGACGGAAGGCGCAGCAGCACAUAGAGACUUGCUGGAAGCAGCUUGAAUCAAGCAAAAGACGGUUUGAGCGGGAUUGCAAGGAGGCCGACCGAGCCCAGCAGUACUUUGAGAAAAUGGAUGCUGACAUAAACGUGACAAAAGCAGACGUUGAAAAGGCACGACAACAAGCUCAAAUACGUCACCAAAUGGCAGAGGACAGCAAAGCAGAUUACUCGUCGAUUCUUCAGAAAUUCAACCAUGAGCAGCGCGAGUAUUAUCACAGCCACAUUCCCACCAUAUUCCAGAAAAUACAAGAGAUGGAGGAAAGGAGGAUAGUGAGGAUGGGAGAAUCGAUGAAGACAUACGCAGAGGUCGAUCGGCAGGUGGUCCCAAUCAUUGGGAAAUGCCUGGAUGGAAUCGCGAAGGCAGCGGAGUCCAUUGAUCAGAAAAAUGAUUCACAGCUGGUCAUAGAAUCUUAUAAGUCAGGGUUUGAGCCCCCCGGAGACAUUGAAUUUGAGGAUUACACUCAGCCAAUGAAACGCACCGUGUCCGACAACAGCCUUUCAAAUUCCAGAGGAGAAGGCAAAGCAGAGCUCAAAUUUGGUGGCAAAUCCAAAGGAAAAUUAUGGCCGUUCAUCAAAAAAAAUAAGUCUCCCAAGCAGCAAAAGGAACCCCUCUCCCAUCGCUUCAACGAGUUCAUGACCUCCAAACCCAAAAUCCACUGCUUCCGGAGCCUAAAGCGAGGGCUUUCUCUCAAGCUGGGUGCGACACCAGAGGACUUCAGCAACCUCCCACCUGAACAGAGAAGGAAAAAGCUCCAACAGAAAGUCGAUGAAUUAAAUAAAGACAUUCAAAAGGAGAUGGAUCAAAGAGAUGCCAUAACAAAAAUGAAAGAUGUUUACCUAAAGAACCCUCAAAUGGGAGACCCAGCCAGUUUGGAUCACAAAUUAACAGAAGUCAGCCAAAAUAUAGAAAAACUGCGACUGGAGGCCCAGAAAUUUGAGGCCUGGCUGGCUGAGGUGGAGGGCAGGCUCCCAGCACGCAGCGAGCAGGCUCGCCGACAGAGUGGCAUGUACGACGGCCAGACCGCCCCGCCGGUCAACAACUGUGCCCAAGACCGGGAGAGGUACAGUAUCUGUACAGCCCUUCUGUCUCCGAGUGGCUCAGUUGGUGAAGAGCUCACUCAAGAGAGUGAGGUGAAGGUGCUGGCCACGGACUUCGAUGACGAGUUUGACGACGAGGAACCCCUGCCUGCCAUAGGGACUUGCAAAGCUCUCUACACGUUUGACGGUCAGAAUGAAGGAACCAUUUCAGUGACUGAAGGAGAAACGCUCUAUGUUAUAGAGGAAGACAAAGGCGACGGGUGGACGCGCAUUCGGAGAAGCGAAGACGAAGAGGGCUAUGUCCCCACUUCCUACGUCGAAGUCUAUUUGGACAAAAAUGCCAAAGGUGCUAAGACUUAUAUUUAAUACAACUUAAAAAAAAAAAAACUUAAAAAAAAUUGGAGUUGUUUCUCCCCACAACUGUGACUGUUGCAGGCAGUUCUUCAGAAGCCUGGAUGGAGCGCGCUGCCACCGUGUUGUCCUGUAGCCACUCGGUGACGUCAGGCCCCUCCCACCGACUUUCCCUAUCUAGUCCUGACUAUAAUCAAGUUUCACUUGCUGAUGAAAUUUUACAUGGAAAGCUGCCAGCUGCCAAUUUACAACUGUGUCAUUUGAAAUCUGAUAAGUAUUUUUCUCUUUCGGCAGUAUCUGUAGAUAACAAAAAGAAAACAACAACAAAAAAUGCUGCCUUCUAGCUUCUAAUCAAUAUUUCUGAAUUUCAAAGUCCACACACAUCACAGGGGCGCCAAAGACUUCAGACUUCUCAUUUGUAUCUAAUAUCCGCCACCAAUCGAACUACCUUAGAAAGUUACGUUUUGUAAGCGUAAGUUGAACUGCACUAGUUUGUUAAAAUUUUACCAUGUUCACUUUGGAGGAAGUCAUAAAGAAAAGCUUCCCCCCACCCCCACCCCGAGUAAAGAAGCAACAAAUAAGAUUCUUUUUUUUUU